AGCUGAGGAUCGGUACAGCAGAGCAAUCUUCCUCGAUAUCCAUAAAGCCUAGAGUGUCAUCUGCCUCCUGUGUGCAUUUCUCAUUCCCACAGGAUAUGAAGCGUUUUCUACUGGAGCAGUGACUCCAAGAUAAUGGACUUUUGUGUGCAGUAGAGGACACGACUGUCAUCUGCUAAACAAAAGGCCUUUGUGAGCAUCUGUCUGGAAUGGAUGGCCAGGUGGAGGAGCUGAAUGGGACUGAGUUGGAGGGACAGAGCUUUCUGCACUUUAACCCAACAACUCUUUCCACUGGUGCUGCUGCGGCCUCAUCUAGCCGCACUGAAAGUGUCUACGUCUAUCUUUCUAUUUUCCUUAGCUUGCUGCUCUUCCUCCUCACCCUCCUUGUCAUCACCCUGCACAGGCUGAAAAACAUCAUCUCUUCCAGUUCGUCCUAUCCAGAGUACAGCAGUGAGGCAGGCAGUUCAUUCACCAACAUGGAGAUCUGCAGCCUGUCUUCACAGAGAUCAACAGUGUCAUCGUUGUCCUGAUAAUGACACACAUAACUUUAACAAAAAAUGGCAGUUAAGAUUAUAAUAAAUGCAAAUGUUUUCUAACAUUAAAUCAUUAUUUUUAUGACUUAUUGCUAUAAUGAUAGUCUUAUGUGACAGACCUUAGAAACAACCAAUAAACAUAUUUAAACCAGUAAUACAUAAAUAAAAAUAAACAAAAGCUACUGUUUGAGCAAAUAAUUUAAUUUUGGAAAAACAUUACAAUUCAA